AGUGUCGGAAGUGCAGUGGAUCAGGCUAAAGACUACCGCUAACUAAUCAGAAAUGUCGGGGUUAGAAGAAAUUACAAACGAAUCAGCGGCAAUAAAAGAAGACCAGGACAUCGGUGGAGAUGAAGAAGACCAGUCCGAUGAGGAGUAUUUGGACCCGACUCGAUACGUGUUUUACAGGGACAGGAAAGAGUGGGCAGAUCUAGAGCCUGUUCCCCAAGAUGAUGGUCCAAAUCCGGUGGUGAAAAUAGCCUAUUCUGACAAGUUCUCAGAUGUUUAUGAUUAUUUCCGAGCGCUGCUGAAGAAAGAUGAGAGGAGUGAGCGAGCAUUGGCUUUGACUUCAGACGCCAUUGACCUGAACGCUGCCAACUACACAGUCUGGCAUUUCAGGCGAGUGCUGCUACAAGCUUUAGGGAUAGACCUGAGGGAGGAGAUGAGGUACAUCACUGCCAUCAUCGAGGAGCAGCCCAAGAACUACCAAGUCUGGCAUCACAGGCGGUUGGUGGUGGAGUGGCUGAAUGAUCCAUCUGAGGAGCUGGAGUUUAUUGCUGAAAUUCUUAGUCAGGACGCCAAGAACUACCAUGCUUGGCAACACCGGCAGUGGGUCAUCCAGGAGUACAAACUGUGGGAGCACGAGCUGUCAUAUGUGGAGAGUUUGUUGGAGGAAGAUGUCAGAAACAACUCAGCCUGGAACCAGCGGCACUUUGUUAUUUCUCACACCACCGGCUUCUCCGACCCAGCUGUCAUACAGAGAGAGAUAGACUAUUGUUUGACCCAAAUCAAGAAGGCUCCUCACAAUGAAAGUGUCUGGAAUUAUUUAAAAGGGAUGCUUCAGGACCACGGUCUGUGCUCUCAGCCCGGCCUUAUGGAUCGCAUCCUGGAGUUAAAGGAGAGUCACUGUUCUCCGUAUCUGCUCGCUUUCCUGUUCGACUGCUAUGAAGACACCAUAGAAACCAGCAGCCAAUCAGAGACAGAGGAGCGGGCAGAUGCGCUAAGGAAGGCCCUGGAGAUUUGUGACCUUUUAGCGACAAAGAAGGACACGAUACGUAAAGAGUACUGGCUGUUUCUGGGACGUUCUUUAAAAAACAAAUAUGGAGUCGCGGAUGUGAAUGGAGAGUCAGUUCGAUCUUCUGAGCUUCAGGAGCAGAGCUAAAACUAAAAUCACACUGAAAUGUUUUCUCUGAGCUGUGUGGUACGAGUCAGUUUCAAUUGGCCUGGUUUACGCAGAAAGAUUUCCUCCUACUUGAAAUGCUAAACUAAGGAUAAGUUGGACAUUAAUUUUUCCCAUUUUUUAAACAAAUAUCAUACAUUACUUGUAUUGUUGGCCUGUAAACAUGGUCUUGAGAACCGUUGCUUUGGAAUUUCUAAAAUGUUUCAGGACUUAAAAUCAUGCCCAAUUAAAAACAGGCAUCAUUUCAUAGUCUUAGUUCUCCCUAUACACUGAUCUGGUGCAUAUUGCCACCUACUGGCAGCAGGUUAAAUUACCAUGGCAAAUUAAACUAAGUAAUGAGGAUCAUAUAUGGACAUGUUCAUGUAAGGAGGAGCAGUAUUCAAUAUUUCAACAAUAUUCUAACAUGGUUAAAACUUCAAAAAUGCAGGGACAAUUGCACAAAAGGUAUAACAAAAUAAAGAUCCAUUUUUUAUUAGUCUAAUCCUAACUAUUGUGUAAUAUAAACAGGAGUUGGCCCUUGUUGAUGUAAUGAUUGCUAGGUAACAGUUAUGGAAUUACUGAAAACAAAUGAUACUCAAAUGGAUAUAUGGAGUGGAAGGAGAUCACAUAGCUUAUAAUUACCUUUGAACUGGGUAAAGGCAGGUACAGUUAUGAAGCAUUUUGUCUGGUGUCGAAUACAUUGCCAAUAUCCUUAUCGCAUUUGCUUUUUAUCAACAUGAUAUACAUUUUAGGCCAUAUUGCCUUUUCCUCAUUGCGCAUAAAUAAUGUUAUGUCACACUGCAUAUGGUUAGCACUUUGGUGGCUACUCCCACAAAUGAUAUUUUUUAGACUGUAUUGCUGUUUUGAAUCUCUCUAUAUUCUCUCUAUAUUGACUCGUACCACACCACACCACUGAAAACGUCCCUGUUUGUGACUGUAUUGGUAUCAUGUAUAGUUGUUAUUGAAAUGAGUUGCAGAGGAGAAAUUAACCUUGCGCUUUUCUCUCAUUUUGUUGGAUAAUGUAAUAAUGUCCCUUUUAUCUAUGGCACUAAAAUGUGGAAUAAAACUAAACACAUUUGUGAA